AUGGCUCAUCUUGACAACUUCGUCGACCGUCAGCAUCAACUCUUCGGCGUGAUCUCACGCGCAGUCGAAAAUUUAAAGAAGCUCGGCGCCUCCAAAACUAAUCGCGACAAUGUGCAAAGUCGCAUUGAAGCCUUGAAGGCGAACUGGGAAAAGUUCCAAUCUAAUCAUGAAAGCACCUUUCGAUCAAGCACGUCCGAAGACCGAAAGCUACCGUAUUUCCGGGACGAUAUUUAUGCGCAAUGUGAGGAAGAAUUUAUGAGCGCGUACGGCUCGAUGCUCAACACACUCGAGAACUUCGAUCCGACGGCGACUCACAAUACGUCUUCCGCCGACGCUUCACUCAACGCCGCUACCGUUUCGCGAUCUCGACGACUGCCUCGCAUCGAUGUGCCGAAAUUCUACGGCGAGUACUCGCAAUGGCCUCAUUUCCGGGAUCUGUUUGUCUCUAUCAUUAUUGAAAAUUCCGACGUAUCAGCGGUUAAAAAAUUACAUUACUUGAAAAUGAGUCUGUCAGGCGAUCCUGCUCAACAUCUGAAGAACAUCGCGAUCUCGGGCGAUAACUUUACACGCGCUUGGACAAGUCUUGUAGAGCGCUACAAUAACAAACGCAUUCUCAUCAACGCUCAACUAUCUUCGUUAUUUACAAUUCGCAAGGUCAAAACGGAGAAUCCCGCCGAUCUCAAAAGGCUAAUAGGCGAUCUAAAGGAAUCGCUCGGAGCUCUCAAAACCCUGGGAUGCCCGGUCCGUCAAUGGGACCUCAUCAUUAUCUUUAUGAUGGUCCGGAAGCUCGAUUCCGAAUCUCUAAAGGAGUGGGAAAAAAAUCUUGGCGCACAACCAACCCCCCCAUCCUUCGCGGAAUUCGAAACGUUCCUAGUGAAUCGUCUCUGCACUCUUGAAGCGCUCGAAAAUUCGCUACCGCGAAAACAACCGAACAGCUCAAAUCCCUCUCGGACCUCGCUGAGCGCACGUGCCCAUACAGCCGCCGCCAGGGAACAAAAGUGCGCGUUGUGCUCCGCGGAACAUUAUAUCUCAUCGUGUCCGAACUACCCUGAGAAGACAACGGAUCAACGCCGGGAGGUCGUCACCUCGAAAGGUCUGUGCUUCAAUUGCCUAGGGCCGCAUCCGAUCAAGACGUGUCGGAAUUCAAAGCGCUGCCGCACUUGUCGCAAUCACCAUCAUACGACUCUACACCCGCAAACCUCCGACCUGCACUCUGCCGCGACACCCUCGACCUCGCCUCCGGCGAACUUCGCGUCAGUGUCUUCGGCUCACGCCCGUGUGCUACCAGAAAGCCAUGGGGCCCCCCUGCGCGAAACUGAACAAGGUUCUCCCGUAAGAUCACACCUCGCUAGUCGCGCUCCGACCCUGCUUGCGAUCGCGCUUGUGAACGUUCUCUCUCGAAGAACUGAACCGGUUUUACUUCGCGCUUUACUUGACCAGGGCUCGGAAGUGUCGUUUAUAUCUGAAUCCGCCGUUCAACUCUUAAAGCUCCCGCGCCGCUGUGUUUCAACUCCAAUCAUCGGCAUCAGAGCCCGACGCAACAGCGUUUCCAACGGCUCGGUAUCUCUCACUCUCAGAUCCCGGAUAAAUCCGACGAUAUCGCUCGACCUCGAGGUUCUAGUACUCCCGCAACUUACGGCUCUGCUGCCUACCGCUCAACUCGAACAUCGGCAAUGGUCGCAUCUGCAAGAUCUCUCGCUAGCGGAUCCAAACUUUACGUCUCCUGGAAAAAUCGACUUGCUCCUCGGAGCAGAUAUUUACGCUCAAAUAUUAGAAAAGGGCCUCCGCCGCGGAGAAGUUGGAACGCCCAUCGCUCAAAAGACGUCCCUCGGAUAG